AUGGCGAGAAUACGGAGAGCGAUUCGAUGCAUACAGACGGUUCCGGAGUGUCCCCGUCUCACGAGAUUCUCCCUUCAAGCUCCCAAGAGUGUAGAGGUGGAAUAUGACAACAGUAGUAUGUAUAAUUUAUCAGCUGAGUAUUUGAGAAUAUAUAGUCCGGCUGUUGACAGUAAGAUUAGAUCAGUUGGAGGUGAAAAGGUUAUAUCUGGGCGGCGUCAUGUUGGAAUCAUGUCUGCAGAACCUGUAGGGAACUAUGGGGUGAGAUUAUUAUUUGAUGACAUGCAUAAGACUGGGAUCUUUACAUGGGAUUACUUCUAUCAUCUUGGGUGCAACAAGGUCACUCUUAUGAGAAACUACAUCAGAACUCUAAAGAAGCACGGACUGAGCCGGGAUCCACCAAGACGGAAGUGA